UGUCUGUGUCUCCGUGUCUUUGAGUGUCUAACUCUGUUAAUGCUGUGUGGACUAGCCGGACCCUCCUCUGCCGGGCUGUGGAGGAGGUCUGGACUAGUGGGACCCUCCUCUGCCGGGCUGUGGAGGAGGUCUGGACUAGUGGAACCCUCCUCUGCCGGGCUGUGGAGGAGGUCUGGACUAGCCGGACCCUCCUCUGCCGGGCUGUGGAGGAGGUCUGGACUAGUGGGACCCUCCUCUGCAGGGCUGUGGAGGAGGUCUGGACUAGCGGAACCCUCCUCUGCAGGGCUGUGGAGGAGGUCUGGACUAGUGGGACCCUCCUCUGCAGGGCUGUGGAGGAGGUCUGGACUAGUGGAACCCUCCUCUGCAGGGCUGUGGAGGAGGUCUGGACUAGUGGAACCCUCCUCUGCAGGGCUGCGGAGGAGGUCCCGACUAGUGAGACUACGUGUGUGUGCCUCUGCAGGUAUUUCUGUGGUUCUGGACCUGACUCCGAACUACCGGGGUUCGUCUGGACCCUGGUUCUCCAACGUCAGCGUGACCAACGUUGCUGAGAGGCUCAAGUCCGCUCUGGUCUUCUGGAUGAACGAAGGCGUCGACGGCGUGCAGCUGGCGGGGGUGGAGCGGGUGGCCGGCGUCGUGCCGUCUCUGUGGAGCGACAUCCGAGCCAUCGUCCAGAAUGGGACGGAAGAGCACCCUGGCAAGAGGGUCCUGAUCGGCGUCACCGAGCGCUCCGCGGCUGAAGAUGUCUCGGCCCUCCUGUCUGCCAGUGGCGUGGAUCUGCUGGUCUCCAGAGUCCUCCGCCACAGCAACACGGACGGCGCCGAGCUGGCCCAGUCCGUGCAGCUGCUGUACUCGUCCCAUAGCCAGACCCGGCUGGCCUGGAGCCUGGGGGGGGGCGCCGAGGGGCACCUGGCCUCGCUGGUGGGCCCGGCGCUGGUCCGACUGCAGAUGCUGCUGCUGCUCACGCUGCCCGGCACGCCGGUCUUCAACUACGGGGACGAGAUCGGCCUGAUGGACCAGGACACCAAGUUUCCCAGAAUGCUUUGGGACUCGGACGAGGAGCUGAACGGCACUCUGCAGGUAAACAAUACCAACACGUUGUCAAGCACAGUC